GAAAUAAUACUAUGAAUUAAUUACUUUUAUGAACAAGUGGCUUAUUAAAUACUUUAUAGUAGGCUUUAGGCAGUGUAAUAAGUUGAGUUGCUUUUUUUUUAAAACUUUUACAGGUCAAACCAGUAUUGCAGUAAUAUAGGUAGGUAUAAUGUGUAAAUAGCUGGGAUCGGAUGUUUUUUCCAUUUUAUUACAGGUUUCAAUUCUCAACAGGUAGUAAAAAACUAUUCAAAAAUAAUAAAUAGAAAAAACAUCACAUCCUUAUUAUACGGUUUUUUUCUGUAAUAAUAUCAUAAUGAUAACUGAUGACAAUAGCCAUGUCUAUGUCAUCAUCUAUGGAUCCGAUCUGACCGUGCGCUUCGUCACUUCAAUUGCGUCAAAACAAUUUCGGUCAUCCUGUAAACAUGUGUACAUGACAAUUAUUUCAACAAUAAUAAUAAUUUUCUGUGACUGCAUGUAGGAUAUAAUAAGUAAAUAUGGUAAUUAAUUUAUAUUAUUCACUGUACAUAAUAGUAUAUACUACAAGCACCUAGGGACUAGGAUUCGAUUGAAAAACGAUAAAACCUAUAUAAAACUGCAACAGACGUUUUAUUUGUUAUACAGUCGACACCGAUAUGAUUAAUACUGUAUUUAUACAUGAUAUGAUAAAAUAUUUUACUGUUCGUGUCAAAUCUGUCACGUUAUACACGCGAUUUGAGUGUCAAGUUCAAAGUUGAAUUUUACACGUAUUUAAUUUAUUACUAUACCUUCAAAUUACGAUAAAUUUCAGUAAUCGUCGAAAUGAACGCUUCUAUGACGACUACUGUUUUGAUCUCGACAAUUGUUCUAAUUUUGUACUCGAAGACUGCUCGUUGUUGUGGUGGUUACGAGUUAGAAAUCGAUUAUAUCAGAAACUGCAACUCGGACAACAUUGUCACACUCUCUGAUAAAUUUACAGUCGUCUUGAAACCUAAUUGCGAAAUACAUGUCGACGGAUGUUUUACCACUCACGCGAACAUCACCAGCGCCAUGGUCGACUUCACCUUCCAAAAGGACUUGAUAAAGGUGUCGGGCAAAAGGGACGGUUGCAAACAGCUCGACGACGUGAAAUCAUCGAGUGACAUUCAAAUGGGUUUGGAAAUACUCGGACUGCCGAAGAGCUGUCCAAUUAACAAGGGGACAGUGUGCUUGGAUAAACCGAUUAACGUGAGCAAGUAUAAAUUACAAAUGAACAUGUUAGCCGGCCAUCUCAAGGGGAAAUCGGUAACGACCACUAACGCGGGCAAGACCUGUAUGGAGUUUUCGCUAAAAUUUGUCAACGUGCUCAUAAAAGCCAUCGGCCGCGGUGUGAUUGGUUGAAAUCUAUGAACAUAACCACUACCUUCUUAAAUAUAAUCUAAUAUUAUAAUACAUUUAUAAUGUUUAAUUGCGUUGUGUAUGUACCUAUAUAAUAUCA